AUGGCUGCCUCCAUUCAGGAAGUCAAUGGUUUGCGCAUAGCUGUAGAGGGAUGCGGCCAUGGCACUCUCAACGCAAUAUAUGCUUCCAUUGAGAAAGCUUGUGAAGCUCGAAAUUGGGAUGGUGUUGAUCUCCUCAUUAUUGGCGGGGACUUCCAGGCAGUACGAAAUGCAAAUGAUCUUACGGUAAUGUCAUGUCCAGUCAAGUAUCGAGAAAUUGGCGAUUUCCACGCAUACUAUAGCGGUCUUAAGAAAGCACCAUACCUCACCAUUUUCGUAGGCGGGAAUCACGAAGCUAGCAGUCAUUUAUGGGAAUUAUAUUAUGGAGGAUGGGUUGCGCCAAAUAUUUACUACAUGGGAGCUGCGAAUGUGGUGCGAUUAGGAGGGGUGAGAAUUGCUGGUAUGAGUGGCAUUUGGAAAGGUUAUAAUUACAACAAAAGCCAUUACGAACGACUACCAUACAACCAAGAUGAUGUCAAAUCGAUAUACCAUAUUCGCGAAUUUGACGUUAGGAAACUUUUACAAUUGAGGACGCAGGUCGAUAUCGGGAUCAGUCAUGAUUGGCCGAGGGCCGUUGAGAAGCAUGGAGAUGUGAAAAAGUUGUGGAAUAUGAAACCAGAUUUCGAAAGAGAAUCAAAUGAUGGAUCGCUGGGGAACUUGGCUGCGAGCUACGUCAUGGAUCGUUUGAGGCCACCUUAUUGGUUUGCGGCACAUUUACAUUGUAAAUUCUCCGCUGUAAAAACUUAUGAGGAUGCGAAGAAGCCAAAGAAAUUGGAGGAUUCAAAGGAAGAAGAAGUCAAGCUUACCGAAGCUGCGCCUUCAGUCGAAGACCGCGAUACAGCCGUUGAGCAGCAGUCAAUAAUACCACAUAAUGAUGAUGAGAUUGAUCUCGAUAUAGAUGAUGACGAUAGCCCUCUAAUAACCGACGCACCGAAGGCUGUCGAAGCUGUAGCGGAAAGUGAUCAAAGUAAGAAUACGUCAACAGUCACAGAAGAUUCUACACCAUCAACAGUCCCGUCUGAUAUUCGAGCUCAAUUACCGGCUGCUUUCUCGAAACCACCACCUCCAGUCCAGCGAGAGUCUAGAGUGCAACCAGGACAGCCGGCACCACCAGGAGUCACGAACAAAGCAGUUCGCUUUCUUGCUCUAGACAAAUGUUUACCAGGUCGUAAAUAUCUACAACUUUUAGAGGUACAACCUUUUGAUAGCACCAAAGAGACCCCGAUAGCUACUCCACGAUCGAAACCAAAGUUUGAAUAUGAUCCAGAAUGGUUAGCCAUAACCCGAGUGUUCAAUCCCGAUCUUAUUCUCGGAGACAAAUCAAGUAAAUUCCCCGAAGAUUUGGGGGAAGCGCAUUACAGAACACUUAUCGAAAAAGAGCAAGCAUGGAUCGACGAGCAUAUUGUUCAGCAAAACAAACUGGAGAUCCCCGAGAACUUUGUAACUACCGCACCACCUUUCGUUGAAGGCACGCCAGAGAUAGUGAAUGAGGGACCGUUGGAAUACAACAAUCCUCAAAUGCAACAAUACUGCGAUCUUCUCGGAAUGGAAAAUAAAUUUUAUGCUACCGAUGAGGAAAAGGAAAUUAGAAUGCUGAAUGGACCAGCGCCGGUAGAAGAACGAAGAGAUGGUGGAUUUGGGGGUAGAGGGGGUGGAGGUGGAAGAGGUCGAGGUGGGAGAGGUGGUAGAGGGGGUGGGAGAGGUUUUGGAGGUGGACGUGGACAGCGAGGGGGUGGUAGAGGGGUUGCUAGGGGUAGAGGAAGAGGUGGUUGGCAUUGA